AUGGCGCAGCAGCUGCGGGACAGCCCUGACCUGGCUGGUUUCCAGUUCUACAAGCUCAUGGCUGCCGGAACGUCCUGGGAGAAGCUGGUGCUGCCUGACAAGUUCGUGAGGGAGCUCAACGGCCGAGCGCUCCGGGACGUGAAGCUGCGGGUCGAGGGCGGAGGGGCGCGCGCGUGGGACGUGGAGGUCGUCGCCAACGAGUGCGGCGACAUGCACCUCGGCAGGGGCUGGAAGGAGUUCGUCCGCGCCAACGGCAUACAGCUGGGGCAGCUCCUCGUCUUCUGCUACGACGGCGCCGCCCUGCUCAUCGUCACGGUGUUCGAGGACUCCGAGUGCGGGAGACACUGCUGCCAGCGCGAGGAGGAAAAUGACAGCGCUGAAGAGGAGGAGUCUCCGCCACCGGCGUUGCCAGGGAGUGGAAGCAGCAGCGACGGCGACGUCCAUGGCGGCGGAGGCGGCGCCGUGCCGAGUCGGUUCACCGUGACGCUGGGGCAGUGCCACCUGGGCACCAAGAAGAAGCAGUACCUGAACGUGCCUGUGGAGUUCAGCCAGUCGCACGGGUUCACGGAGAAGGGCAGGGUGGUGCUGCGGAUGCGCGGGCAGCAGUGGACCGUCUGCCUCAAGCACAGCAACCGGCGCAAGGGUAACGCGAGGACCCGCACGGCGCUGAGAUACGGGUGGAACCGGUUCCGCGUCGACAACGGCCUCCGCGUCGGCGACAUCUGCUUCUUCCAGCUGGUGCAUGAUGCCGGCGGCGACGACCCGGUGCUCAGCGUCGAGGUGCGCAAGGCGGACGGAACCAUCGUCCAGUGA